AUGACCUAUGUGAUUGCUAAUGCAUUCGACCAGUAUGGUUCUUUCUCCUUUGGCAAUGGAUUGAGAAAAGGAAUCAUUACAAAGGUGAACAGUGCUGGAAUCACAUUGUGGAGCAGGCAUUUGAACGAUUACGGCAAAGAAGGAUCAGUUUAUUCAAUCUCUCUCAACUCUAAUGCUGCUCCUGUGAUUGGUCGUUCUGUUUCAUAUACCUUUACAGACUAUUUAUCCCGAUGUGUGAUUGGAACACUUCUUUCAUUAUGGAAUGCCAAUGACCGCACUCCAAGAGAAAUUUCAUACGUCGCAACCUUGAAUACGGAUGGAACUCUUCAAAACGUGUAUUCGUUUGAUCAAUUCACAGGAACCAAACUUGCAAAGAACUCGUUGGUCGUUGAUGACAAUGAUCAAGUUGUGGUUGGACAUUCUCUCGCCUUGGAUUCUACACCCUCUGAGGAAAAUCCAAAAAUUUUGGUUGUUGAUGGUAAAGUCAUUCGUUUGACAAGAAAAUUCAAUUCCUUUGUGUCCAAGAUUUCCAGUAACACCUUUUCUCCCAAAUUGGUUUGGUCCACGGUAGUGUGUGAACACUCAGAGGGAAGUGGCCCAUGUAGUAUUCAAUCGAUUCAUUCCUCUCGCUCCAUCAAUCAUAUGAUUGUUGUUCUUUCAAUCUCUGGAACAGUCACUAUUGGUGGUGCCACUCAAGUCACAUCAGAGGGUUCUAAACCUAAUCUCUUUGUUCUUGUGUUGUCCAUUACAUGA